AUGGCUAUGGAGACUAGGGCGGCGGGCAUGGGCUGGGUCCAGGGCAGCAGCUUGAGCAGGAAGCGGAUCCGGGAGCUGGCUCACGAUAUUGAGAAGGAGGCCGGGUUGCACCUUCGGCAUGUGAAGUCGCGCCGCUACCACCUGGUGGCGGAGAAGGACCACUCGCCGCAUCCACGGCCUGCGAGGUCGCCCAGGCCGUCGAAGGGCGAGAAGGUCAAGAGGAGUGCGCUCUUCCCGCCCGGCUCCCACCAGAAGGACAAGAAGGGUCUGGGGGACAGCGCCCACAAGAAGGAGAAGAAGGACCAGAAACAACAUCCCCCCGGCGAGGCACUCCCGCAGCUGGAGAAGGCCAAGAGUCACGAGGAGAAGGAGUCUAGCCACCCUCAGGAGCUGCUUGGGCCGCUCGAGGUGCAGCCGUGCAGUUCUACAUCGGGGACACGCAGGCGUCGCUGGACGAAGAUGGUUCUCUUCCUUCUUUGGUGA